ACGCAUAUCUCGACAUACAAAGGCGAACGCGUACCGUCUUGAAAGCUUUGCUAGAUUCAUAUUGCCGCAUUAUUGUCAACAGCCUUUCGUCAUCUCGUUGCAACCGACACGCUUGGUGUUUGAUUCUUAAAUUCAGGAAUACAGUUUGUUUCAUCAUUCGUUUUCUUCUUGACGUUUGGAAAGCUUUCAAUAUAGGCAUAAUAAACAGUUUGUACAACUUCGUCUUUCGUGCAAGGGUUGGUUGAACUGUGUCAAGAAGAUUGGCCUCUAUAAUACUUGAGUGGAACUGGAGUUACGUUGAAAAUGCCCAGACCAUUGAGAAAUAGCUAUGGAAACGCGAAACCUCCAUACAGUUAUAUAUCUUUAACGGCAAUGGCCAUUCAAAACUCUCCGAGGAAGAUGCUCUCUUUAUCAGAGAUCUAUCAAUUUAUAAUCGAUCAUUUUCCAUUUUAUCGUGAGAAUCAACAACGCUGGCAAAACUCCUUACGGCAUAAUCUUUCGUUCAACGAUUGCUUUAUCAAGAUCCCCCGACGUCCUGACCAGCCAGGCAAAGGCAGUUACUGGUCUCUUCAUCCUGAAUGCGGUGCCAUGUUUGAGAACGGCAGUUUCCUCCGACGUCGUAAGCGUUUCAAAACAAUGAGGAAGGGUUUCGGCAACGCUAGCGCAUCAAACUUCAAAGUAAUGACGCAUGGGAAAUCAAUUGGCCAUCAGGCGAACGUUCAAGUGAAGGAAACGGACUCCAAAGAUGACUCGAAUCAAAGGCGUUCGUUUACCAUUGAAAGUCUGAUUGGUUUGAAUGAUGAGAAACAGCUUAAUCAUGCUGGAAAUAUGGAAAACACAGAUGCUAUCAUUGGUGGUGGUCUGACGACGACUUUAAGUCAUUCAUACCAUACAUCAGCCUGUCCCAAUGUGUAUUCGAAUACCUUCAAUCCGAAUGCCAUAAACCCAUCUUUAUUUCAUCGAAGCGAUUUGUGGAAAAUGCCCGUCUCCAAUACCACAUAUUUGCCACAGAAUAUUCCACUUGCGCAGAACACAUGCACGGAUCUUAUGCGCGAUUCUAUGUACCAUCCCGGACAAGUACGAUCAUCUUUUUCUCCGUUGUCCGGCAAUCUAUGUAGAAAUGGCAUGCUGUUUCAUGUAUAAUCUUUGUUGGUUCAUUCACUGUAAAGAUUAAUCUAUGAAAAGAGCGCUCCGCCAAAGAUUGGAAAUCGCCCCAAGGUUGUGUGAUGAAAAAGUUUUGUUGAGUUUGAUUUUGAGAACUAGGCUUUUGUCUUUUUUGCUGUGAGCAUUGAGUAUAUAUUGGCAAACUUCAAAUAUUUCCGUGUAAUGUUUGAAGUAGAGUGUUGUACAGAAUUGAGAAUUCUCAACACUCAUAAAAUAUGAAGUUUAACUGUGAAUGACUGUAAAAGUGUUUUAAAAAAACUCCUUUCGUUUUCCGCUUUUACUGCGCGAGUUGUGUUAGCUAUUGGAUUUCAUUCAUUUUGCAAAGUUUGGAUGCGAAGAAGCAUAGCUUCAUAUAUAUACAACUCGCUGGAGUUUUCAGUUGGUAGGAAAGUGUGUAUAUGUCAGGCCAUUUCUUCGUAAGAAUUUCUAAAGGAAAGACUUGACACUUAAAACAUACUGAAAUAAUAUGCAUUUCUGUUGCAUUGUCGGCGGUAUAUUCGAGUUUAUAUAAAUACAAGACACUUGAAGAGAGGAAAUGUGGCUAUGGCUUGCGUAAAUGGAACAUAUGGUUUUAAAAUUAGUAUUAGACUUUGCUUGAAGAUCGCAUGCGUGUGGCCUAAAUAUUUAUCUGUACAUUACAUUUUGAAUUGGUUUUUGUCAACACUGUGUUAUCAAAAUCUUCGCUUAUGAUAUUAUUAUUUUAUUUCUCUGACUUCGUUGUUAAUAUUAUAUAUAACAUUAUGUAUAUGAGUGGGAUGUUGAUAUUUUUGUGAAAUUCAUGUUAAAACUUGAGGCAAAGACAUGCGGAGACUAUAAGCUAAAAGGCACAAGUAUUUUAACAGUAUAAGUUAUCUUGUGUACAUCUUGUACAAAACAUAUUUUGAGGCUGUGCUUGGUCCUCGCUCAAAUCAAGUAGUUGAUAAACAUCAAUUUUAUAAUGUUCUUGUUUUAUGAUCUUCAAUGAUCAACUACCAAUUCAUUAUUUUCUUUAAACACGAGGAAUUUUAUUUCCAAGCGUAUAUAUACACAUACGAAUCAUUACAAUGCAGAUGUUUUUUGUUAGUUUGAUUAGUAUUAAAGAGAAAUUAUCGUCCUUUCUCAUCGAGGAAACUAAUGAUUGCUAAAGUAAACAUUUUUUAACUGUU